AGGCUAACGUGGACGCCGCAUCCUACCCAAUGCGAUGGCGAGAUCACAUCCCCCCGGCCGGCGCCGGCGGCUGUGCAUUCUGCGCUGCAGCCCAAUCCAAAGCCACCACCCAGGAGGGCAGGACCCAACACCCCAAGAGCGGCUAAAGUCGAGAGGCCAAAACCACCACUAUUCUUGAGGAUAUCUUAUUCCUCUCCGCUUCCUCCCCGCGGCUCCAGAUCAUCAUCAUCAUUGCGAUUUAUUCCCGCACUUUGCUUCCGGAGGCAGGAACCACCGCCGGCCCAACCACCUCUCGCGCCGUCCAGUUCACUGCGCUGGUUUGGUUCUUGAGAAGCAGGAGCAACGAUCGAAUCUUCUCGCUGUUGCUGGCCCUCGCGGACAGAGUUCUCCGAUCGGAGCCAUGAGCGGCACUCUGCUUCGGGUCUGCCCCUCCGAGCUCAAGAUCCCCUACGAGGUCAAGAGGCAGCGAUCGUGCUGCAUGCAGCUCAUCAACAAGACGGACAUGUACGUGGCGUUCAAGGUGAAGACGACGAACCCGAGGAAGUACUCGGUGCGCCACACCUGCGGCAUACUGCAGCCCCGGAGCUCCUGCAGCGUCACAGUUACGAUGCAGGCUCCCAGAGACAUGCAGAUGGAUCACCAUUGCAAGGACAAAUUCCUCGUGCAGAGCGCCGUGGCGCGGGACGGGGCGACCAUGAGAGAUCUCGUCCCUGAACUGUUCACUAGGGCGCCGGGUAGGUUGAUCGAGGAGUUCAAGCUGCGGGUGGUUUACAUCGCUGCCAAUCCCCCCUCGCCGGUGCCGGAGGAGGCAGAGGAGGAGGACGCGUCCCCUCGGUCGGAGGCGAUGAUGGGCUAUGAGGCCAAAGUAUCAUCAGCGUUUGAUGCUGCAUCUAGAUGCAUAGAUAAUUGUGGAGCCAAACCUUCAUGCACUACCAAGGGUGCCUCUGUAGUAUCGACGCUUCUUGGAGAACAAUUAUACACAAGAGAAGACAAUCAGAAAAAGUUUCAGCAAGAUAUGGUAAGACCCCAUUCAAAUGACGUGAUCGUUUAUGCAACUUUCUUAUCUAUGUUACUGCUUAGAUGGUGUUCAACUAUGGUACUUCAAAUACAUACUAAUCUUUUCUUUUUUAUGAGGGGCAAAUAGGUACUAAUCUUAGUCUAAAAUCCAACAACAUUUAUUUAAAUCACAUUAAUCCUCCUUAAAUCCAAAGUAGCAUGAAUGCAAAACCAAUGGGGUAUCAUGCUGGCUCCAAAAUGACAAAUUAUGAUAAUCACACUUAACGUUAGACUGGAUAUGAUUUGCUACUAAAAAUAUACAUUAACUCGGUAGUUAUGAUACAAAGUUAUGUGAUGCCUCGAUGCAAGUAAAAUAUGUAUCCUGAUAUAAACAGAAUUUUUUACUUUUGAUCUCUCAACUAUCAGCCAUAUUUUGUUUUGGCCCAUGAAACCUAAUACCAGAUAAAUUUGACAAUUAGCUUAUAAUACUCCCUCCGUCACGGUUUAGAAGACACGCUUGGAAAAUCUCUGGGACCAAGAUAGUCAUCGAUUGGUUGUGAGAUGUAGCAGGAGUAGAUGCUAAUGCGCCUAAUCAACAGAGAAAAUACCAGUACUAAUGCGUGAGCAGCAAAUUAGGAGGACGCAACAACUGAUCUCACUUGAAGUAGUAUGGCUAAUGUGUGGACAUGGUACGGCAACCAUGUCAAGCAAUUGGAAUCUUUUUAAUGAGUCUUGAAUAAAUAAAUAAUUGGAAAGAUGUAACCUAAAAACAAACUUUAGCAAGUUAUUCUAUUAAUAAAUUAACUAAAACAUCUACGAAUUUAACAAAAAAGGUAGAAAUCCAUUGAUGCUCAAAGAAACCGGUGAAUUCAUGAAAAACAUGUUUAUUUG